AACGAGAGAAAUAAUGAAGAAAAGAGGGAGGAAAGGAUAUAAAGAAUGACCAAAAGAGAGGAAGGGAAAAAUGAAGAACGGAACGAAGCCGCGGCCGGGGUUUCGGACGUGUUGUUUACCUUUUUAGCGCGUUUUCUGGCGCCGUCUGAAGAGAGAGAGAAUCGACGGCCCGCCUCCUCCUCCACUGCCCAAGAUUCCACUCCCUCCGCACCACCCUCAAAGCAUCCCUAACCAGACUCCGUAUUCACAGGCCAACCCUAGAGGACCUGCUGGGCAGCGACACCCUCAGCCCCAACACGGCCUUCCAAGCCCUCAAGUGCACGCAAACCUUCCUGCAGAAGUCGGGGCAACUCGACAGGAUCUAACUCCCACCCUGGGGAUAGAACGUGUAGGCCACUCAGCCUCCUGCAGUUUCCCUAUGUUCUUAUGUUCUUAUGUUCUUAACGGCCAACAAAAAAACGACACCUGAUACCAACUACCACUGACGGGGCUCUAAAGGCUGUGGCCCCACAGCCUAACUAGCCCCAUAAAACACCCAAGAAGAAGAAGAAGAAGAAGUUUGAAGAGAUGGCGAACAGGAAAGAGUCAGAGGUGAAGAGUUUGCUGCAGCAUGCCAACCUGGAGGAGAAGGACCUGCUGCCCGAAACUCAGGUGCUGUAUUUCACACCAGGCUUCCAAUCAGAGGAAGACAACAUAGUGCUGCUGGAGCUUGAUGCAGCCCUCCUUGGCUCACUCCAGGAGGGGCAGAGUGCAGUGUUGCGUGGCGACCCCCAAGAGAGUGCUGUCCUCUGUACCAACAACAAGACUUUUGAGGUCAGAGGAGCAGUAACAUCCAAUUCCAUGCUGCUGGUGCCUGAGCUACAGGUGCCCUCAAGGAAAUUAGGAGAGCGGACGUUGGCGUAUAGAGAGGUCACCAGUUUGCAGCAUAACUACUUGGAGGUUUUGCCCAGCAAGCCGCGCUUCCACAAGCUGCAGCAGCUGUUAGAGGAGUGCCCUUACCGAGGCCAGGAAGAGGAGGAGGAAAUGGAAGUGGAUCAACAACACAACAAAGGCCAGAAAUACUGCCUGAAUGAGCUGCUGGAGAGAAUACAGUGUAGUGAGGAAGAGCUGGAGGCUGGCUUGAAGACACUUGGGGCCUUUCAUAUAUAUGGCUUUUGGCAGAUCCCAGACUUUGACUACCUCUUCAAAAUUGUCUCACAUAUCACAAACUUGAUACAAGAAAAAGGAUGGCCUCUAGAUGCCAUUCCCCAUGAUGAGGCACUAGAGGAACUGAGCAAACAUGAGCCUCGCACGGUGAUGGCACAGUGUCUUGAGUACUACCUUCAACCCACACACACUGAAAGAGAGGAUGGUGAUGAGCUACAUGCACUAAAUGGAGACAAGGUGUGUCGCCUGUUUGGGGAAGUGAUCCUCAGGUCCACCAGUGGGAUGGAGCUCCCUGAGUUCCUCAACAUGUGGGGACUUAGUGUGCCUGAAGGUCUGACUGUAUCUGUGAGCCAACUGGAGGGUUUGAUGCUUCUUGAAAAGUCAAUGUCAACCACUGUCAUUACAUACUUCCCCGUUGCUGCUCUGCCCCUGGACAUUAGGAGCAGGUUUGAAUGUCUCUUCCAUGCACAGGAGAAGUGGACCUAUGAAGAAAUUCGCCCAUUUUUAGAGGACUUGGCAGACAUCAAGACCCCUGUGAGCACUUUGUUGAUGAAGCAUGCAAGAGGCAGCACUAUUAAUGGUGUCAAGUGCUACUCAGGGCGAUAUGCCAAGUGAUACCAAGAUGGGAAAGUUUGUAUUUUCUGAUAUCAAACUCCUCUUGCUCUUUGUUGAGAGUUUACUGAGGAAAUGAAACUUGACGCAUCUUUUGUGUCCAAGGGUACAUAACAGGGAACACAUCAUUGCUGCACUGCAUGGAUCUGGGACCAAUACUUGCCCCAUACAGUGUUCAAAUGUUGUGGAUGUUAUGAAAGUGCUUCCUGUGAUUUUUAGUGCCUUUUUAUUCCACACUAGCAGCCAGAAUAGAGCUUGUGUGACCUAAAGACAUGUAUAUGGACAAGUGUUGUGAUGAGAGACUAUCCAAAGACCACUUACACCUGCUUAAUCACUUUAGGUCAUAUUGGUAACAUGCGAAUGUAUCCCAUCACAUGAAGCAUUCUGUCUGUGGUCAUUCCAAUGAAUAUUUAAUAUCCUUUUGUGGCUUUUGAAUAGCUAAUCCUUGAUAUUUCAAAAGCAAGCUCUGACAGGGAUGAAAGGUACGUGAAGAUACAUAGAUGAAUAUGGAUUCUUGGAUGUGUCAGGAAUUUAGGAAUCAUAAUCUGCGCAUUCCCCGUAGAACUAUCAAUACAUGUACUUGGAAUGAACUUGAUGAAAUGGUUGAGUCAAAGUGUGUGGACAGAUUUAGACAUGACCUCAUAAAUGGAGCUCAGACCACGUUUACUACAACCUGCCAAGUUUUCGCUGCUCAGAAAGGUAGGUAGUGGCUCCCCUUCAAGGUAUGUAGUGGCUCGGUCCAUGCUAUUAAGCUCUUCGGAGCCUUAAAUAAAUUACUGCAUCUAUUUGAAAAGCUCCUGGAA